GCCAGGAAUGCCUGCGAAGUGCCAAAAGGCGGGAGGUGAGCCAUGAUGCUGUUGCCACUCCCGCGCCCACUGGCGCGGCCUACUGGCGCGGCCUACCUGGCCUUAGGCCUACCAGCUCAGCAGUCGCCGCUGCCAUUCUAGGAUAGUCAUCACCGGUGCCAUUUUCGUAAUCACCUUUUUUCUCAUGACAGCAUUUGGAGCUUUGGCAUUAAUCUACUGGUACAGAGAUUGCGAUUUAGCCCUGUCUGGUGCCAUCAGCAGCUACGACCAGGUUGUUCCAUACUUCUUAAGAGAGCGGCUCUCUGACGUCACAAUGGUGCGGGGCUUAUUCUUGGCUGGUCUGCUAAGUGCUUCCACAAGCACGGUGUCGUCAAUCGUCAAUUCUCACGCAGCCACGUUCUACAUCGACAUCGUUUCGCCGUACGUCGACAUGAGCGAGAGUACAGCGGUGCACGUGAUGCGUCUUCUAGCUAUGGCUAGUGGAACCAUAAUGACGCUGUUCGCCGUCGCUGUGCCAUAUGUUGGCUCGGCUACAAGGGUCUUCAUUUCCUUAUACUCCUCCGCUGCGGGUCCGUUUGCUGGCCUCAUUCUACUGGCGAUCUCGUCGCCGUGGGUCAACGCAAAGGGCGCAGCAUGGGCAUGCCUGCUGGUCUGCGCACUGCAGUUAUGGCACGCCGUGGGCAGAGGACUAUCGGCCGUGCCUGCCCCGCCUGUGAUUGCCGGCACGAUGGACCGGUGCCCGCUUGUGACCAAUGACACCGAUCCCACAGAAGGGGUCGAAGAAUCCAUGGCUGAAAGCCUCCCUUACGUCUUCCCGCUAUACCGAUUGUCAUUCUACUGGAUGGCACUGUCUGGUGAGCUACUCACGAUUAUUCUGGGCACAGUCUUCAGCCUUCUAACAGGUGGGGCUAAGAAUACGAAGAACAACUUACAUCUCACCAGUGUCCCGUUUUUGAACGUCUUGAGACGCUUCAAGUAUUCUCGACGUAUCGUUCAGCUUCACGAAGCAAGAACACAGGAUGGGAAAAAACCUUCAGCCGGCCAUCUCGAUGACGAAGAAUGCACGGCCCUCACCAGUUUGUUUUCGAGGAAAGGAACACAGGAAAUGCCUAAGACCGACGCCGCUGAACACCCUGAAUGCGCAACACAAGUCGUCUAAGUCAGGCACAGAUACAUAGUUUCAAACAAAGAUAAUUGUAACUUAGUUCACGAUGUUGUGGAUGUGAAGACCGUCGCCGUAAGAUUAGAAUAAAACAGCAUAAAAGAGGUACAACAUUCACAAAUAAACAAUCCGUGGACACCUGAGCACUUAUGAGUAGUGAAUGCGAAAGCAUUAAUUGCCAGUUGAACGCCGCCGAGCGGUCCUUCGAGUUAUGAACUACUGAUGAGCAAGCGAGCGCGUUGAGAGUCUCAUUUCCCUCGGGGAGAGUCUCGGUGAGAGGCCGGUUCCCUUCGAUCCGUGGUGCCAUGUUACCUUGCCCGACUGCCAUAUAAUCUAAUGGGGAAGCUCCCGAGUAAGCCGCGGUGAUUUUGACGUCACCGAUUUUGUCACGCCGGGCUUGGCAAUGGAAAAUUCCGUCCAAGUACCAUGACGUCAUCAAGCACAGUGCCCAGGCCUCCUAUCCGAAGGCGCCGGUUUAGCUCAGCGAGUAAAACACUCAGUUUCUCUGCAUGGGGCAGCAGGUUAAAAGCAAUCAUUAUCUCCACCCUUAUUCCUUUCGAAUUUAUUGUUUUCUAUACGCCCCGCUCAAAACGCCGACAACGCCACCUGUCGCCAAGGCUGUUAAGCGUAGGCGGCUUCGGGGGGGCACUGUACCCAUCAGCGCCUAUAUGCGCGUGCUGUCAAGUUGUGCGUUCUUGAUCGUCAUUUAACGCUUGUGUCAGCCUUCAGCGAUGUCCUGAAGCAACUGUUGCGUAGUUGUGCGCUUUAACACGUGCGAAAACUCACCAGGCACACACUUAGUUUCUGGUGAAGGUUCGCGAGCAAGAGCGACCGCGGCGGUUGAUCGCGGCUAUUCGAUAGAAAAGAUAAGCAAUCGCGCUUUUUCUUGCAGCAGUUUUGCAGCAAUCACUUUGUUUUUAUUUUUUGCUUAAUGUCUCUGCGCCUUUAGUGAGCGCUUCCACGUUUCAGCUUAGAUUUGGUUCAAGCGUAACAUUGGGUGGAGGUGCGCUAGAAGUGUACGAAGAGGAAGCCCGAUGCUCAAAUGUAUUUGCAAUUCUUUACAUUGGGAAAAGUUAGAGCUAAUCGCGCAGGCUGGUACAAAGGUCACAGCUCCAGGCGACAGUCUGCCACUACAUCUUCGCCUUCCUCUGGCGCGGACGGUCCUGUCCAAAUGCACCCUAACAAUAUAAACGGCAUUUUGAAUAAACUGUAGGCGCAUAUGAAGUGAAUCAGCGCAAUCGCAUUGGCGUCACCGAUCAUCACGAGCCGAGAUAAAACUGCGUCUUAUCCAACGCAAACGCAUUCAAAAUGGCGGAUUUCGUACGGGAACUAGUGACGAGCGUUAGGAGCAUCUUCCCGCGGUACUAAUGUGCUCCCAAAUGAGGCGCUUUCAAGCGUGUGUCAUGCUGCAAAAAUGAAAUUGACAAAGAAGCGGACAUAUCAAGACACCGCAAACCGUCGUCCUGGUUCAAAGUGUACAUUCUGUGCAUCGUUCAGCGUGGACAUUCCAAAGAAAUGAACGCUGGUUCGAGAACACAUUGCCUAACCUGGUGGAAUUUCAUUUCAAGCAGGCAUGGCGCAUGACUCCCAGUUCAUUCGGGUACCGUGUUGAGUGGCCGGCUUAUGGAUAGACCCGCGUGAGCACACAAGUGCGCACGGUCAUCUCUUUGGAGAAAAGAGUCGCUAUUGGACUGUACCGAUUGUCUGCUUCCACUGAAGACAUAACGAUUGCUCACAUAUUUGUUGUGCUGACAGUUCUGCGCAGUUGUUAUUGUGCAGUACGAAAGCCUCCACAACGCGUCUCUGCAUGGCACUCCUGAACCACAUGCCGGACAUCAAAGAUUUUUUUUUUGUCGUGACGGGCUUUUCCCAAGCGGUAGGAACUCUCGAUGGUCGUAAUUUCCCCGUAUCGCCACCAAAGGAGCUCACAAGCGCCUACUGCAACUACAAAGGAAGAUAGGUUGUUCUAAAAAGUUGGCCAUAACAAUUUGCUGCUCGCGAGAAAAGGAUCUAAUGCAGUGGUGAACUUGAGCAGUACAGCAUAGCAAUAUAUUCCAAUGAACGCUCAAUAGGUUUCUUUGCAUGUAGCCACGAAGUUAUAAA